UUAUAAGAAAGGAGGGCGAAGAAAUUGGCUGAGAGAGCUAGAGAAGCACUCGCUGGGUUAGGUCCUGAAAGUCGGGAAUUGAAUAAUUGGCUUUUGAAGCACGCAUUGGAGGGUUUCAAGUGUUAAAAUUAAGGGGUAAAGCCCUAAAGCUACAAGAUGACAGCAAGGAUGAGUACUGGAAAUACAUAACAUUGCACAGAGCUGUUGCGGAAGGCGAUUGGAAGAGCGCCAAGAAUUUUUUUGAGAAAAACCAAGAUGCAGUCACUGCCAAUCACCUCGAACCUGGAGAAUGCACUGCACGUAGCAAUCCAAGCAAGAAAAAAUGCAGUCCAUGCCGUGAAGAAUUUGGUGGAAGAAGAAAUGCCGAUUGAGGCCCUCGAACAUAAAAUUUUUUAUGGCCAGACUGCACUUAGCUUCGCUUCUAUUGUUGGUAACAAGCGUGCUGCUGUUAUUCUGGUGCAAAAACACCCCCGAUUGUUGUAUAUUCGCAACCAGCAUACGUUUCUACCAGUCCACGUGGCCGCCCAAUAUAAUCACAAGGAUACUUUCGAAUACUUCUUGUCAGUCUCUGAAGACGAGCAAGGUGGUGUUGGGCCCUUUGCAGGCAAAUCCGGGGUUCACCUUGUUAGACAAGUAAUAUUUUCCGAAUACUACGAUGAGGCCCUAAAAUUGAUUGAUCGAUAUCCCGAACUCGCAAAAUUACAACUUCCCAAUGGUGAUAGUGUUUUAUCAGCAAUUGCUUUGAUGGAGUCGGCGUUCCCAAGUGGGAGUCAUCUAUCCUUUUGGGAAAAUGCUAUCUAUUCUUGUGUUCCAAUGAAAUUAGACGAGUAUGCUAAAGAACGUAGCAGAUCUGACAUUGAGGACCCAGCACAACUUUUGUGCAAAGUUAAAUUACUGCCUAGCACAACUUUCCAGUUUGGUUUACUGAUGAUGAAUCUCAUUAUGUAUUCGAAUUGGCAAUUUUACAUGGCGGGGAGACUGGCAUCUCCAAGCAAACUAAAUCUUAUUCCUGGCGCAGCACUUCAAAUGCAAUGUGAGUUGCAAUGGUUUAAGGAAGUCGAGAAACUUAUGCGACACCAAAAUAAACUAACCAAAAACAACCAUGGAGAAAUUCCUGCAAUGCUAUUUACUGAAGAACACAAGGACCUAGAAGGUGAAGGAGAGAAAUGGAUGAAAGAUGCAGCAAAUUCAUGCACAAUUGUGGCAUCCCUGAUUGCCACUAUAGCGUUUGCAGCUACAAUCAAUGGUCCCGGCGGCAAUGACGACAGUACUGGUCUCCCAAUUUUCUCUAAAAAAAAGUGCAUUCAUCAUCUUUAA